AUGUCUGCCCCCGCCAUAGGAUACACCUCUGCGAAAACUCCCACGAACCUUCAUCCCAAGCUCCUCGACGACAACAUCGACCCUUAUCCGCGCCGACCUGACAAACCCUCCUCUUCCACCAUGGCAAUAGCCAUGGCCUGGCAGAAGCCCGACAAUGUUGCUGGAUCUUCAGCUCCGGCGAUCAUGAUCGGCCUAUUUGUCGCCACCGGGGGGUUGCUGUUCGGAUAUGAUACUGGUAUAAUAUCCGGAAUACUGGCUAUGAAGGCCUUUCGCGACGAGUUCUCGACCGGGUACGUCGAUCUGCACGAUCACUUACCCAAUGUAUCGCCGGCUCAGUCUUCCGUGAUUGUUGCGAUAUUGAGUGCUGGGACUUUUUUUGGGGCACUUCUAGCAGCACCUAUGGGAGACAAACUUGGUCGCCGCAUAUCCCUUAUAAUCGCUGUGGCCAUCUUCGCCAUUGGCACCUUAUUACAGACUGUGGCUUUGGCAAUCAUGCUACUAGUUUGGGGAAGGUUCUUUGCCGGCCUGGGUGUCGGGACCAUCUCAGUUCUCGUCCCACUAUACCAAUCUGAAAUGGCUCCGAAAUGGAUUCGAGGUACUCUCGUCUGUGCAUAUCAACUCGCCAUUACCACUGGUCUCCUGCUCGCCGCAAUUGUCAACAUAUUUACCGAGUCGAUACCCCACACGAACGCUUUCCGUAUUCCCCUGGCGUUGCAGUUCAUCUGGGCCGGCACUCUCCUCCUUGGGCUGCUUCUCUUACCAGAAACACCUCGCUAUCUUAUCAAGCGAGGCUCACAUGCCGCCGCAGCAUUAUCUCUUAGUCGCUUACGGCGGCUUGAUAUCACUCAUCCUGCCCUAGUCGAGGAGCUUGCUGAGAUCCAAGCUAACCAUGAGUACGAACUUAGUCUUGGUCCAUCAACAUACCGAGACGUCUUCUUGGGCUCGCCACAUCUAGGACGUCGCCUUUUGACUGGUUGUGGCUUACAGAUUCUACAGCAAUUGUCUGGCUGCAACUUCAUAUUUUACUACGGCACUACGUUUUUCACCCGCAUCGGCAUUCAAUCCCCUUAUAUUGUCGCCCUCGUCGUCGCCGUAGUCAACGUUGUCUCUACCAUUCCGAGUAUGUUCCUCGUUGAAUCACUAGGGCGGCGUCGUCUUCUCAUGUUUGGUGCUGGGGGUAUGGCUAUCUGCCAGCUCGUAGUCGCAUCUGUCGGGACAGCCAUUCCUAAUUCAUACGCGGCGAACAUGAUUCUCAUAGUCUUUGUCUGCAUCUACCUCGCUUUCUUCGCCGCUUCUUGGGGCCCAGUUGCCUGGGUGGUUACCUCGGAGAUAUAUCCUCUCAAAAUUCGCGCGAAAUCGAUGUCCAUCUCCACAGCGUCGAACUGGCUUCUCAACUUCUCACUCGCCUACGGCACUCCUUAUCUCGUAAAUUCCGGUCACGGCUAUGCGAAUCUGCAAGCGAGGGUGUUCUUCAUCUGGGGUACAUUCUGCGCAAUAUCUGUCCUGUUCGUCUGGCUCAUGGUCUACGAAACCAGCCGAAUCAGUCUCGAGCAAAUCGACGAAAUGUACGAGCGCGUCGAUCACGCAUGGAACUCCAGGGCAUUUGAACCCAGCUGGAGCUUCCAGGUGAUGCGCGAUGAAGGUGUGUCAGCUAGUGGGAUACAGCUUACUGAUACCGAGGAGUCGAGACGGCGAACUGGCACGUGGACUAGUACGGCUGAGAGUGGCACCACGAUGACCGAGGAAGAUAAGAUCAUUGCUCAACUGGGCGAUGUGGAUUUAAGCUAUUAA